GAACAUGGGCUCCGGCGCCUCCGCCAUCAUGCCGUCGGACCCGCUGUACACCGUCUACGUCGCCACCAAGGCCUAUGUCGAUCAAUUUUCGAGAUGCCUGUAUGUCGAGUACAUGAGCAAAGGCAUCGACGUGCAAUGCCAGGUGCCAUUCAGGUGGCGACGAAGCUGGCGUCCAUCCGGAAGCCCACCCUCCUCGCGCCGUCGCCGGAGGCGUACGCCCGCGCCGCCGUCCGCCGCAUCGGGUACGAGCCGCGGUGCACGCCGUACUGGAUGCACGCGGUGGUGGGGUUCCUCAUCUCCCUCGUGCCGGAGCCCGUCGCCGACAGGAUGUUCCUCAACAGGUCCCUCGGCAUCCGCGCCAGGGGGCGCGCCAAGGAGGCCAAGAAGAAGGCGCAGUGAUCGGCGAGGGUCUGGGCCUCCGCCGUUGAUCGUCGUCGCUGGAUUUGGAAUUGCAGCCGGUCCGGUUUAAGUCCUAUAGCAAAGUAGCAAUGGCCGUUUUUAACCGUAUUUGCAUCUAAUAACACACGUAAGGGCUGAUGACUACUUAGUCUGCAUAUGUGUUGUGUCUUGGAACAAAGUUAAGUUUAAUUUGAUGAGCUACAAGACUAUACGACUAUUUAGAUGUC